CCGCGCACCGCUCCGCGGGGAGAAAAAAGGGGAAAACACCCCAAAAUAAGCUAAACUCGCACAGCUUGUCCUCCUUGCUGCAGGAUGAAUUAGGAAGGCAAAGCUUCUUCCUCUGAGCCAUGGAGACGAGGGCAUCUUUCAUUGCCAGCAUGAGAGAGACCCAGCAGCUCUCCCCAGAGAAGGAUCCCAGCCCAGCCAACGGUGAUGGGGAGCAGUUUGAUUCAGAUGAGGGCUCCAGCAUUGAGGACGCAGACUUCAACUGGGACGAGUUCCUGGAGGAAACAGGAGCCAGUGCUGCUCCCCACACCUCCUUCAAACACGUUGAAAUCAGCCUUCAGAGCAGUUUCCAGCCAGGGAUGAAACUAGAAGUGGCCAACAAGAGCAACCCAGACACGUACUGGGUGGCCACCAUCAUCACCACGUGCGGGCAGCUCCUGCUGCUGCGUUACUGUGGCUACGGGGACGACCGCAGGGCAGACUUCUGGUGCGACGUGAUGACAGCAGACCUGCACCCCGUGGGCUGGUGCACGCAGAACAACAAGGUCCUGAUGCCCCCAGACGCAAUCAAGGAGAAAUACAUGGACUGGACAGAGUUUCUCAUCCAGGAUCUGACCGGCGCCAGGACGGCCCCAGCGAAUUUGCUGGAAGGUCCUCUGCGAGGAAAAAACCCUGUAGACCUCAUUACAGUUGAUUCCUUAAUAGAGCUGCAGGAUUCCCAGAAUCCCUUUCAGUACUGGAUAGUUAGUGUGGUUGAAAAUGUUGGAGGAAGAUUACGCCUUCGCUAUGUGGGAUUGGAGGAGACUGAAUCCUAUGACCAGUGGUUGUUUUACUUGGAUUGCAGACUUCGACCAGUCGGUUGGUGUCAAGAGAAUAAAUACAGAAUGGACCCACCUGCAGAUAUCUAUUCUCUGAAGACUAUAACUGAGUGGAAAUGCGCUCUGGAAAAAUCCCUAAAUGAUGCAGCAAAUUUUCCUCUCCCAAUGGAAGUGUUCAAGGACCAUGCUGAUUUGAGAAACCACUUCUUCACUGUGGGGAUGAAGCUGGAGGCAGUGAAUAUGAGGGAGCCAUUUCAUAUCUGUCCUGCAUCAGUGACCAAGGUUUUUAACAGUCAUUAUUUACAAGUGACCAUUGAUGACUUGAGACCUGAAUCCAGCAAAAUCUCAAUGCUUUGCCAUGCAGAUUCCUUGGGGAUCUUGCCAAUACAGUGGUGCCUUAAAAACGGAGUCAAUCUCACACCUCCCAAGGGUUACUCUGGCCAGGACUUUGACUGGGCAGACUACCAGAAGCAGUGUGGAGCUGAGGCAGCACCUCACGUGUGCUUUAGAAAUACAUCCUUCAGCCGUGGCUUCACCAAGAACAUGAAGCUGGAGGCAGUGAACCCCAGGAACCCUGCAGAGAUUUGUGUGGCUUCCAUCACCUCGGUGAAAGGACGGUUGAUGUGGCUGCACCUGGAAGGUUCACAGAUGCCCUCUCCGGAGUACAUUGUUGAUGUGGAGUCUAUGGACAUUUUCCCUGUUGGCUGGUGUGAAGCAAAUGCUUAUAACCUCACCCCACCACACAAAGCUGUUUUGCGAAGGAAGAGGAGAAUUGCAGUUGUGCAGCCAGAAAAACAGUUACCAUCCACAGUGCCUGUUGAGAAAAUACCUCAUGACCUCUGCCCGGUUCCUCAGCUAGACACAACAGGCACCAUCAAUGGGAGAUACUGCUGCCCCCAGCUCUACAUCAACCACCGCUGCUUCUCAGGUCCAUACUUAAACAAAGGCAGGAUCGCAGAGCUACCUCAGUCUGUGGGGCCUGGCAAGUGUGUGCUGGUCCUCAAGGAGGUUCUCAGCAUGGUGAUCAAUGCAGCUUACAAGCCAGGGAGUGUUUUACGAGAACUGCAGCUUGUGGAAGACCCUCAGUGGAAUUUCCAGGAGGAAACACUUAAAGCAAAGUACAGGGGGAAGACGUACAGGGCGACCGUGAAGAUCGUGCGGACGUCGGACCAGGUGGCAGAUUUCUGCAGGAGGGUCUGUGCCAAGCUCGAGUGCUGCCCCAACCUCUUCAGCCCUGUGCUGGUGGCUGAAGUCUGCCCCGAGAACUGCUCCAUCCACACCAAAACCAAGUACACUUAUUAUUAUGGGAAGAGGAAAAAAAUCAUUAAGCCACCGAUUGGGGAAAAUAACAACAUGAAAAGUGGCCAUGUCAAGCCAGCCAGACGCAGAAAGAGGCGGAAAUCCAUCUUUGUGCAGAAGAAAAGGAGAUCAUCAGCUGUGGAUUCGAAUGCUGCAGGCUCUGCAGAGGAGAGCGAGGAGGACGAGCCGGACGCGAUGGAGGACGAGACGGGCAGCGAGGAGACGAGCUCGGAGCUGCGCGAUGACCAGACGGACACGUCCUCGGCCGAGGUGCCCUCUGCCCGGCCCCGGCGAGCCGUCACCCUGCGGAGCAGCACCGAGCUGGACAGGCCUCCUCCCACGGAGAGAGCCCGCCGGAGCCGCAGGCCCCAGCCCCACUCCUGCAGCGAGGCAGAGAAGGGCACACCACCCAAGGAGGAAAUUAAGCAAGAAGAGGAAGAGAAGCUCGUCCUGGACAGUAACCCACUGGAGUGGACUGUGACUGAUGUCGUGAGGUUUAUUAAACUCACCGACUGUGCACCCCUUGCCAAAAUAUUUCAGGAGCAGGACAUCGAUGGCCAGGCCCUCUUGUUGCUGACACUGCCCACGGUGCAGGAGUGCAUGGAGCUGAAGCUGGGUCCAGCCAUCAAACUGUGCCACCAGAUUGAGAGAGUAAAAGUUGCUUUCUAUGCACAAUACGCCAACUGACUGCACUUCUGCAUUCCUUCCUGUCCCCUUCCUCGUUCCCUGUCUUUUUUACCACUACAGCUUGUUCAAGGGGUUUUUUUCCCCCAUAUCUUUUUUCUUUUCUGAGAACAAUUGGAAUUGGAAGUACUGGGAGCAAUCUGUAGGGAGAAGAAAAACAAACACAAAAAGAAACCAGCUACAAAUGGAACUAACUUUUCUGUACUUGUAAAGCACAUGGAAAGACUGCUGGCAUCUCUCCUCACGAGCCUCUCCAACCCAUUGCCCAGUGGUGCAAGGCCAGCACGGAUCAGGUGGUUUGUCACCAAACCAAACCCACCAGUGGCAGACACAUUCCCAAGGAGAAGGGUCAGAUGUUUCCAGGUGAUCAUGGUUUGUCUAGGACAAUGUCUGGACACGAACAUUUCUUUUAGACAGCUCUGACACUCUUCUUUCAUAUUGAAAUGUAAGUCAUCAUUUGUAGCAUUACCUGGGGUUUAACUGCAAGUUUGAUCUUGGUGAUCAAUGUUUUUUUUUUUUUUUUUCCUUCUGCCUCUCUGGUUUUACAAAAGGAAAAAGUGUUACACCAGGCAUAUGAUGGUUAUUCCUGACUGAAUUUUGAAAGGGGACUCAACCCAUUGUCUCUGUGAUACCAGACAAAAUUGCAGUGGACUGACAGGGGUGACACAAGACCUGGUGGGGCAGCAGCACAUCCUGAGCCAUGCUGGCUCUGCACAAUCAGCUGAAUAUCUCAGUGGUGGGAUCUGUACAAUGCUCCAUUCUUUACAGGAAUGUGAAGGCUUUCAUAGUCAAAAUCUUAACUCUUAAAUUCAAGUCAAUUUAAAGGCCUGUCUUUGAGCCAUAUGGUGACAGCAGACUGGGACCAGAGACUCCGGCUGACCCCUGUGCAGCUGGAGCAUUCUCCUUCACUGGUUUCCUUCUUAAAUUCUUUGGAGAAGAAGGGGGAACUUCACAUACAAAUACUCUGGAAUACAUUGACUCUGCCAUGCAUCUCUUGGGAAUUCCUAGUUUGCCUUUCAGCAAGUUUCCUGAUUUGUCACAUGGGAUUGGUGCAACUGUUGCAGGCUGGACCAGAUGCUGAGACUUCAUCAGAAAUGUUCUUACAUGGGAGAUGAGCAGGACUGGAUCUGUUCUUAGCUGUUGAUUUGUUCUGAAGAUCUUCUUCAAGUUUUAAUCAGUUCAAGGCAGUAUCAGUUGCCUCUGCAUCAAAUGCUGGGGUUUUGUUCUUAGAAAUCCAGAAACAGGGUUCUGUAGUGGCGCAGAUAUUUUAAAAACUGGGGUUUAGACUGGAUUUCCUGCUGACAGUGGCAGUGAAAUGUGUCAGCAACUGAUUUGAUAACUACUUUGGAUCCCUCUCAGGGUCCCCUGAAAGUGUUGCUCAGUGUUUUGUCUCUGAAGACAGAAGGAUUGCACCCAGCAAAGUGAGAGAACAGCUGAGAAAAUCAAGGAGGCUGCUUCUCCCAGCUCCUCCUCACUUCAGCCCAGUCCUGGUGUUGCAUCUGUCAGCAGGAGACAGCUCCUGGGAGGAUUCUGUCAGGAGAACUGGCACAUGAGGACAUUCCAAGGAAGAGAAGCAGAAAGGCUGUUUGCUAAACAGCAUCCCAGCACUGAUCCUUUACUCAUCAAAUCUAGCUUCUUCUGCUGCUCUGAUGUUCUUGGAGUUUCUGACCUCUGGGAUUUGUCAGAGACAUUUCAUGCCUUCUGGGAUACACUGCAAAAAUGUCAUUUUUUGUCUUCAUCAGCCUUGUAACUGUAGAUAUUCCUAUGGCAGCUAAUUCCUCGUGGAGGCAUGACUGGGGAGCAGACACACACAGACUCGAGAGCAACCAGCUCUAGUGCUGGCCAGUCAAGGAAUGGAUGAACCAUUGAGCUAAAAACAUGGGAAUCUUUACUGGCUGUUCAGGGAAGUUAAAUCGUAUUCAAAACUCGAACUAUUAAACAACAAAAAAAAAGUUCUAAUUUUAUCUUGCGCCAGCUCUUUUAUUUCUGCAGAUUUCUCUUUCCUCACUAUUUGUCUUUCACUUUAUUGUUCUUCAGUGUUGCCUCAUUUAUCACUUUCUGUCCUCUCAGAGAAGUUGAUAACCUGAAAUCUUUAUGCUAAAAUUACCUUGGGUGGUAAAUGCUUUGCUAUUUCUUUUUAGUGUGCAGGUUGGGAAGAGAUACAGGAUUGGGGUAUUGUUGUCUCUUGCAUUGGUUGCUUUCCAGAAAAGCUGGAGCUGAACUUCGUGGGCCAUUUCUUACACAAGUGGAGAAUGGACAAUAUGCUCAGAUUGAACAGAGAUCAGAAGGAACUAAUUACUCUUGCCUGGACUUCAUUUCAAUUCUGGAACAUCAGUCAAGCUUUGGAGUAAUGUACUUCAAAGGAGAUGAUGGAAAUCCAAUCUUGCUGGAGUAAAAUGCCACUUAACUUUGCAGUGUAGAAGUGUAAACCACUGUAAGUUUGUGGGAUUUUUUGUUCCAGACCUGACUGAUACUAAGUUAAAUUCAGGGCUGCUGCAGUUUCACAGAUGCAUUAAUGACAGUGGCGAAGCCACAUCUCCCUCCCCGUUCUGAAUUUGGCAUCCAGGCCUGAAGUUCGUUGUGUUACCAGCUGCAAAAGGCCACUGCUGUGAAGUGCUGAACUCAUGGUUAUCCCAGGCCACUGCCAAGGGCUGGGGAGCAGCCCUGCUGUUCUUUCUGGGCUGUUGGGUGCUGACCUUCAGCAUACUGACACAGACACUUCCCUCCCACAGGAAUGCUGUGCUGGUGUUACUGGGCUCUCUUCAGGCACAGAACCCAAGAUGGGCAUUCUUGGAACAAAAAUAGGGGGCUGAAGAGUGUGUGGUGCCUGCUCAUCUUUAUCUGCACUGGCUUCUUUGGAGCUUGCACUCAGUCAGGCUGAAAAGAUCCAGGGCAGGUCCCCACUCCCUUCACAACCCUUAUCUUGGCAGAAUCAGCCAAUUCCCACUUUUCAGACCCUAAGCAUCCAUCUCUGAAAUUGGAUUAAGUCAUUAACUUAAGGAAUGUCCAUGAUUUCCUGGUUGGUUGUCCUGCCUUCCUCCUACUGUCAUGGAUGCUCUUCAAGAAAAAUUGAUCUUUGAUUUCAGGGCUUUUCUUCCUUUUUCAGCUCACAAACACAGCUGCCAGGAUGACCAAACCCUGGCUUUUCCUACCUCUCAGAGCACAAAGGCUUUUCAGCUCCAAGAGGAUUUCAGGGUUUACAGCUCUCUUGUGUUACCCCUAUUUCCAUAACCCUUGAUAGUUUGGUCCUGCAGGGUGCAGAAACCUCCUAAAAAUGCUGUGUGCCCUCAGAAAACACCAAAAUCCAGGCACACCCUGUCCUUAGUGAAGUACUCUGUAGAUGCAUGUCCUAGCUGAGAUGGCCUGACCCACCCUGACAGAUGUAUUUGGAUGCCUGCUGGGAUUUAAAAAGUUUCUCAGUGGGACACCUAAACUCCUUUAUUUUACUCUGGGCAAACAGCUAAUUUGCCUUAAACUGGAAAGUCACUAUUCCUUGGCUUUAACCUUCAGCCUGUUGCAGUCCCAGUUGUGUGGUGUCCCCAUCUCAGCCUUUUGAAGGCAAACCAAGCAAUGUUGGGCUGCCAUCAUCAACAUUUAGUCACCUUAAAGCCUGCCUUGGUCUUUUCAGGACACAAAAUCAAAUUUGGCAGAGCUGCUGUGCCAUCUCAAUGGUUCAGAAGCUCUGUACAAUCAGGGCACUUCAAAUACUUUGUGCUUUUCUGGUGCAGUGCAUCUGGAGAGCGAUGAACUCAGAGUGUUCCUCUCGUUUCCAAAUUCAAGUGCCAAAAGAGAACAACAUGCUGCAACUGAGCACCAUUAAAACCAGCUUUAUUAUGCAUAGAUAAAUACAGUCCCAAGGGCUCCAUUUUGGUGCUAGGAUACAUCACGCUGUAUUUUCCACUGCUUGGGAUUGCAAAGCUGAUUCCUUAACUCCAGGAAAUACUUUCUGUAAUCUGCAACAUCUUGAAUAUUAGAUUUUUUUUUUCUUGUGACUGUACAUUUUUUAAUUUGGAUACACUCAACAAAUACUCCUUCACCCACAAUCCUGGGUGUUUUGAAGAUGUUUUAUACAGUAUAUUUGUGUAAGAAUUCUUUGAAAAUGUGGAUGCAUGUAUAUUUUCCCCUCAAUAAUAUUCUUUAUCACAUCAGCUGACGCAGAACUAAAGGAAUCUGUUACUCAGGAUUUGAUCCAGAAAUAACUGAGGUUAGUGUUAGGGCCCUUGUGACGUGUGGGCUGUGGGACCAAUUCUUCACCAGUUUCUCUCACGUAGAAGUCAAAAAGUCUGCACUUAAUUAACAGAAAAUUUAAAUGCCUCCUUCUCCUAGCAGGCAGCAGUGCAGCUGCAGUCUGUCAGACUUCACAAGAGAGGGCUUGUGUCCUUAGGUGCUCAUGAACUCCCUAUAAAGGAGCAGAAGCCUUUAAUGGUCUCAUUUAUUCUUUGGUACAAUACUCCAGCAAGAAGUGUAAAUGGUGUUAAUGGCUGCAUACAGAAUAUGAGCCAGUCAUCAAAGAUGAGUAUUUUAUAGCCCAGCAGUGCUUUAAAUGUCAGCUGUCCUGCAGAAUAAGAGUGGUUUUGCAGUGAUUUGGUGCCAUGGACAGGAAUUCUCUUGGAGAAGCACAAAUCUGGGUCAUAGUUACAAAUACUCGUGGCCUUUCUCUUUUUUUAGUCUAUCAUGUUAAUUUUUGCAGUGAAAAAGGUAAGUCUUGAUCACUGCCAAGGAUGUGGGAGAGGGGAGAGAGGGCUUCAAGAGGAGGGAGCCUGGAGUUCUGGACUUGAGUUGUCUAUGGAGAGGGACCUCUCAGAACAGAAGCACAGCUGGGGUCUGUGAGCAUCAUCCCUGAAAGCUUUUCUUUUUCACAGCAGAGAUGGUUUUUGAGUCCCAGCAGGGGCCAGGUGAGAGGAGGGAAAGAAGCUCGCAGUAGACUCAAGAGCUACAGUGCUGAAAGGUUCUAAUUUUGUUUUCCCAGUGGAGAUAGAGAAAUCUGACUUAUUGGCUGGAUAGGAGGGAAAAUCAGUCUUUCUUCAUUGUACCCAACUCCUGUGUGUCAUCUGGAGUUUGGGGGCUGAAUACUCUCCUCUUGCACCUUCCAGACCUCCACAGGAAAUACCAGGUUAAAACUUGAGCUCUGUCCUACAGGAAAAGGUGACACUGCCCUGAGUUCAGGUUGUGGAUAUGCAGAACCCUCUGCUCUGUGUUGUGAUGUGACAGGAUGAAAAUGCUCAUUCCCAGGGCACCCCACCAGCUUCUCGUUGCUCCAGCCUCACUGGAGAUCAUGGACAUACAAAUGUCCAUAAUUUAUACAUUGUAAAUGUGUGCAUUCCAUUUCCCAAUCCCUGCUCUGCCAAACCUGGUCAGGAUGUGCCAAGUUGUUCCAGCAGCCUUCACCUUCAGGGACCUGCUUUCUGGAAAACACUCACCUGGGGAAUGUGCACUUUCACGUGCACAGGCAGGGGUGUCCUGUGUGUUCCAAGGGAGGUGAAAGUCUCAAAUGCAGCCUUGGAAGGGAGUUGAGUCUUUUCAUGUGCCUUGUGUAGGACAAGGCAAGCACUUAAACGCUCCUGCCUCUCCUGGAGCAGCAGGAAUUGGCUCCACAGCCAGCAGUUAACGCUCUGUUCGUGGUGGUGCAUGUUGGAAAACUUUGAAUUGUUCUGCAUUCCAGUUUGUACUGAAGGUUUUGACUCCAAGUUUGUGUACAUAAUCCCUUUGGUGUGUUGAUACAUAUGUGUGUAUAUAUAUAUGUAUAUAUAUGUGUGUGUAUAUGUAUGUGUAUAUAUAUAUACAUAUAAAUCAAUCAAUGCUGUUGUUUUUACUUUUUAAAGUUCCCAGGGCGAAGGGCAUGUUGUCAGUUUGCUGUAAGAUUCUAUUCUGUAUAUAUGUUUCCAUGUAAAUAAGUGAAAAUCUAUAUUCAGAGUUAUAUUUUAAUUUUUAUUCAGAAUGAAAUCCCUUUUUACUUGAAACAGUUGUAAGCCACGUUGUUAAUAAAGUAACAAUAAGUCAUA